AUGGUCUUUGGCAUCGGCGAGCACCGCGGCCAUAAUGGAAAGCAGCACGAGGAGGAGGCGCGCGGUAGGGAGAGAGCGCCGGCCAUGCCGACCGGACGCGGCGGUGUAGGCAAUCUUCGAUCUCCUUCGCGCGGUCGCAGCAGUGAGCCCGCCGCGGACGCAGCCCGCACAGCGGUCGUGAAGACCGUGGCGGUCCUGCAUGCCGGGCGUGGCGGUGUGGGCAACGUGCGCUCACCGUCGCGCGACCCUCUGGACCGCGCCAAGACCCGCGACGAGGAGAAAAAGGAACACUCACUCCAGGAGGACGCGCUCAAGAACGUCUCCGUCCUCCAUUCGGGACGCGGCGGCGUGGGCAACGUCCGUUCGCCCUCGCGCGACCCGCUCGACCGCGCGCGCGCACGCGAUGCAGAGCAGAAGGAGCACCAGGCACAGGAGAGCUUCAUGAAGGCCGAGCUCGCCGGCCCGCACACGGCCGGCAGGGGCGGCGCAGGAAACUUUGCUGUCGGUAGCAACGGCGACUCGGCGAGCCGCAACGACAGCCGCGAACGGGGCCGUGGCAGUCGAGCGGCCAGCGGCGAGCACGAAGGCAGCACCGAGCGUGGACGCGGUGGUGGCGGUGUCAGCAGCAUCCUCCGCUCGCUGUCGCGCUCGCGCUCGCGGCAGCGGGACGUGUCCAUAAGCAACGGCACCGGCCAUGCGGCCUCCGCAUCCGGCUUGGCGGCGGCGGCGCGCAGCUGCGAGGCCUCACCCGCGCGAAAGAGCAGUGGCGCGGCGCCCGCCGCGACACCCGGCGGCCACACGCUCACGCAGGUCAGCGAGUACGAAGGCGGCGACGCGGCUGGGACCAUCAAGACGAACGAGUCCUCGUCCGACGCCCAUGGCACUGGCGGUGCGUCAUGA